CCACCGGUUUAGGGUUCAUUUCAUAACUCGUCCGUCAAACCCCCAGCAGAAAUUUCAUCUUUGUGAUGCAUCAUUCAGACUUGUAAUCAGAGAUCGAAAGAUGCUUAGGCUGAGAAGCAGCAAUGGCUUCCCAAAGCAAUUCAUCACAUCAUCAAUAUAUACUACUGUCAACCAUCUACUUCGAUUCUCAGAUGUUGCAUCAACAGCAACAACAACAUCUGUAAACCCUGAAACCCAAAAUGAAUCGCCCCUAAGCAGCUCAAUUGGAUUCAGAGAUGCCCAAAUCAGGUGCCUGCUUUCUUCCUCUACUACUUUACUUGCUUCUGAUGUAGAAAAAACUAGAAAACCUAAAAUUGAGGUUUUCCAAGAUUUGGGGUUAUCAGAUCCAGUCAUCAAGAGAUCAAAUUGGUUGACUCAACCUAAUUUAUUGUUCUUAACUAAGAAAUGUGGUAUGUCUGAUGACAAAAAUCAGAAAUUCCUUUUAAGUAAUGCAAGACAUUUCAUGAAUAAGCCCGAUAGAGUUGAUGAUGAUGAUGAGAAAAACACUGAUGAAGAGAAGGAUUUGAUAAAGAAAGGUCCUAAUUCACCUCUAAAAACCAUCCUACAAGAAGUUCGAAUUCGUUUCUUGUGGACAUCGUUUGGUCUUGGGGUGACAUGGUUUACAUGUUACUGGUUUUCAGAAGAAUUCAUUUUUCUAUUAGCUAAACCAUUUUUGACUUUGAAUUCGGAUUCACAUUUUGUUUGUAUACAAUUGACGGAGGCAUUGUCGACGUAUCUUGCAACGGCUUCGAUAGCGUGUGCUUACUUUGUGUUUCCGUUGAUUAGUUAUCAGCUGUGGAGCUUUCUGAUACCAAGCUGUUAUGAAGAACAAAGGAUGAAAUACAAUAGGGUCUUUCGUUUAAGUGGUUUUUCGUUCGCUUUCUUCACGUGCCUUACUUUUUCAUAUGUGGUUCCGAAUAUUUGGCAUUUCUUAUACUCCAUGGGUGCAACAUCUACCAAUUUGCUCAUGAUCACAUUACAACCUAAGAUCUAUGACUAUAUCAUGUUGACUCUUCGAAUUUCAUUGAUUUCGUCGGUCUGUUCCCAGGUGCCUGUCCUUUUGAUCUCUUUGUUGGAACAAAAGGCUCUUUCUGUGGAAAGCUUUACGAACAAUCGUCGUUAUUUAAUGCUUUUUUCUCUUUUCACGUCUGCUCUUUCCACACCUCCAGAUAUCUGGUGUCAAAUUGUUGCCUGUUCUGUUCUUUAUUCAACCAUAGAGUUGGCUAUGUUCGUGGCAUUGGUUAAACAAGUUCGUGAAGGAGUGGAAUGAGGUUGUUUACCGGCUAAUCUCGCUCUUCAAGUUUUUGCAAGGAUAUUUGGAGAUGGUUGUAUAAUAUGUUCCACUUUCAAGUUCCUAGCGGUUUUUCUGACAUCUCCGUGGCUAAGAAUAAGAGUCCAGUUGUUAAGGAAAUUUGGGUUGCUGCUGCCUUUUGUACAAUGGUGGAGUUGUGGUUUUACAUAAAUAGAGUUGUUUUCGAUGAGUCUGUUAUUGACAGGAGGAAGCUGAAAAUUAAAUUUGUCUUUUAACCAAAGAUUAUGGGUUGGGAUUCAAGGGUGAUAGGUGGUCUAAGCUCUGCAAUUCUUUGGGAUAAUGAGCAGGAGAAUGAAACUUGUGAGAGCAAUUCAGUGUACUUGGGAGUUGGGAUCUUCCAGUUGAAGGCUUUAUUAUCAUUUGCUGCGGUGGUGCAGCGAACGGGAAUCCAGGUGCCGCAAAUUUUGGUUUUAUUGCCAGAAAUCACUUUGGUCUUGUGUUAAGAGCUGUAGCUGGGGGUUUGGGUUGUGCUACUAAGAUUGGUGGUGCAGCGAACGGGAAUUCAGGUGCCGCAAAUUUUGGUUUUAUUGCCAGAAAUCACUUUGGUCUUGUGUUAAGAGCUGUAGCUGGGGGUUUGGGCUGUGCUACUAACUUCUUAGCUGAAAUUCUGGCUAUUAUGUUUGCUUUGGAGUGGGCCUAACAGUCAGGAAUUGAAGAGGGUUUUAAUUUCGUCAGACUCAAGUGCAGCUAUUCAUUCUUUUAUGACAAGUAAAUAACUACUAGCUGAAGCUGAUGCAUAUUAAAAUGUGUUUAUUCAUUUGGUCUUUGCUGGAUAUGUGUUGUGAGUGCCGAAAAGCGGAAGAUACCACUUAAACAUAACUGAACUUGGUUAGUGUUUGUCCAUUUGCAGACGCAUAGUCCAGUUUCCUUAAUUGAUACAUCAUCUGUGAAUUAAAUCUGUUAUAGACAGAGAUCUUGUAUAUCACAAUGUCAUGCUUCACUCUAUGAAGGUUUGGAGGUGCCAUGGUGGAGCUCGAUAACUGUCCCGAGCUUGCAGUUUGUUAAGAAUCCUGUUCUUGGAUAUGCGUUAGCGUAAUUCAGUGGAGUUCAAGCUUCCCCUGACUUAUAUUUUCCGGCCAUUACAAUACAAGUACAACAUCUGACUGCGUGGAUUAUUCUUCAUUCAACUUUUUAGCGGUAUGACUUUUUUGUUCAUUUUGUAAUAUUUAGCAUGGUUGAUGGAAGACAGGAACAAAGUUCCACUCAAGAGAAUGAUGGAAAUGAUCGUGUAUGGAAAAUAAGGCAUAACUUGGCUGAUGAGCUCUGUGUAGAUCGGGAUCAUGAUGUUGAAAAGAUUGAAGUUUAAAUUGCUUAUUCGGUUGAAAAAAAGAAGAAGAGGCGUUUCCAUCUUAUGCUGUUAUUGGCUAAAUAGCUGUUGGCAUCAGGGAACCAAUUAUCAAUAUCAACUCAGGAAAGUUUCAAGCAGCUAGACAGGGUAGAAGCAAUUCCAAUUAGCACAGAUUAUAUAUUCCAAAAUAAAUCAGGUUCGCUUUCAAGAGUGGAUUUUUUAUGUGUGAAGUUAUUUUUGGUGUUAGGUAGGAUCUUACGCAGAGAAGGUAACCGUCUGCAAUGCUUAAUUGUUUUUUUUUUUUUUGAUGCAAAGCUUGUCAUAAGUCUUAUUGAAUAAUGCUAGUUGUGUUAUGGACUAUCAUUGCAAUGAACACCAUGGCAAGACCAUCAUGAAGGGCCACCUGGAAGAGAAACACAGCGUUUCUCUCAGUUGUGACCAUUAGAUUUUGGUUGCCAUGUUAUCUUGUUUUGGGGUUUCUACGGAAGUUCUGCAAAUUUUAGUACAUCUUUGUGGUUCU